UUUAACAUCGAUCUUAGCCUAAAAAAGAGAUAGAUAGAUAUAUAUAUAUUUUUUUUUUUUUUGGAUUUGCGCUUCGGAAUUAUUUAACAGUAACACUUUGUGGGGGACAUUUAAAAACAAUGUUUUCCAGUGAAGUGAUUGUCUCAUUACUCGCCGUUAUGUGUAUGGUUGCGAUGCCCAGCGCUCAUGGAGCUGCAUGUGAAUCGAUCAGGAUCCCGAUGUGCAGGUCGAUGCCUUGGAACAUGACAAAAAUGCCGAACCAUCUACACCAUAGCACUCAGGCGAAUGCUAUCCUCGCAAUCGAGCAGUUCGAGGGCUUGCUAGGGACAAAAUGCAGUCUGGAUCUGCUUUUCUUUCUAUGCGCUAUGUAUGCACCGAUCUGCACCAUAGAUUUCCAGCAUGAUCCAAUAAAACCGUGCAAGUCGGUCUGCGAAAGGGCCAAAAGUGGCUGCGAACCUGUCAUGAAGCGAUACAAUCACACAUGGCCGGAAAGUCUUGCCUGCGAGGAUCUACCCGUUUAUGACCGAGGGGUAUGCAUCUCACCGGAGGCAAUAGUAACGGCAGAAGCACCAGAAUCAAUGCCAGAUUUCCCAAUGGACUCUCACAAUGGUAACUGCAGAGGCACUAACACGGAACGCUGCAAGUGUAAGCCAAUUAAACCUAAUCAAAAGACGUACAUACGGAACAAUUACAAUUAUGUCAUUCGAGCAAAAGUGAAGGAAGUGAGAAGCAGAUGCCAUGAUGUGAGUGCAGUAGUUGAGGUUAAGGAGAUCCUCAAGUCCUCCCUUGUGAAUAUUCCCCGAGACAUAGUGACACUCUACUCCAGCUCAGGUUGCUUAUGCCCGCCACUAAAUGCCAAUGAGGAGUAUAUCAUCAUGGGCUACGAGAGUGAGGAACAAUCCAGGUUACUCUUGGUUGAAGGUUCUAUUGCUGAGAAGUGGAAGGACCGUCUUGGUAAAAAAGUGAAGCGCUGGGAUCAGAAACUUCGCAACCCAGGAAGGGGAAAGAGUGAAUCAGCCUCUGGCAAAACCAACACAAAACAAAGUCGUCACUAAAUGCAACAAUGCAAUGGAUGAAACAUUGAGAAUGGCAUUCUUGAAGCAGCAAAGAAGAAAUUGCACUAUUGCACGUUUUUGUUCUAAUGUUGACUAUGAAUCUUAGUUGUUGUUUUGGGGGUUUUUUGGGGCUUUUUUUUUUUUAAUUCUUUUGCACGAAAAAAAAAAUACUGCACACUCUACACAGCGUGGAAACUGGCUUUGCAGAAAAAUGAGUGAAAUAUGUGGUUAAAUUUAUAUCUGAUGCCCCUUUACAAUGAUACCCUGAAGAAUGAUGUUGGAUAUUUAUUGAAUGGGCAAAUAUGCACAGAAUUGGAACUGUGGCUAGAGGAGAAUUAACCAGGUACAUAAUAGCUCAGCAGUGUCUGCGCUCAUUCAGUCUUACAGUGCAAUAUUUAACUAAGUGGAAUUUCAGUUUGUGAGAUUUAGUAAAGCGGAGUAACACACUUGUAAGCAAACACUGUGAAACAAAAGGACAGUUUUUGACAAGUUUGAUGAUGGAAGACUGGGUGUAAUGACUUCAAGGAUAAAAACCACCAUGCUUUAUUAUUACAUUAGAUUUGAUUCCUUUAUUAUUGUAGUCAAUUGUACAGAACUGUUGUUAUCCAAUUAACAUUGCCUUCUGUUUCAGUUCAACACGCUUGUAUUAAACACCCUGGAAUUAAUUAAAGCAUAUAAAGCAUACAUAUUUGUUCGUGAAUAAUUCCAAUGUAUUUCCAAUUUCUAUUGUUUUAAUAAUCAGAUGCAAAAAUAACUGCAUUUCAUGACUUGUUCAUUUUGGUUUGCAGACUUAUGUUCUAGAAAAAUCUUGCGUUUCGCUAAAUAUAUGAAUGUAAUUGACUAUUUUUUUUUUAUUUUGACUAGAAAACCUUGUUCAUUGAUUGCAAAACAGGCUUAAUAAAAUGAAAAGGACACACA